ACUAUAAGACAGAGAGCUUCAUCAACGUCUCUCCAUUUCCUUCUCUCUCUCUCUCUCUCUCUCUCUCUCCAUUGAUAUGAGGAACAUGUAACUCACCACCACAACCAAACCCAAAACCAUGGGGAGGCCAAUCCCAGAUGAGAAACCCACCACUACCCCAACCAGAUCAUCCAAAACCCUCCCCUCCUCCCCCACCCACUCCUCCCUCUCCUCCUCCUCCUCCGAGUUCGAAUUCAUGACCAUCUCCCUCUCCCCUCGCAAGUCCUCCGCCUCCGCCACCGCCGACGACCUCUUCUACAAGGGCCAGCUACUCCCCCUCCACCUCUCCCCCCGCCUCUCCAUGGUCCGCUCCCUCCUUCUCUCCUCCUCCUCUACCUCCUCCUCCGCCACCACCGUCACCUCCUCCUCCCGCCCCUCCACCUCCUCCUCCCGCCCUUCCUCCGCCACCGACUCCGACACCUCCUCCUCCUCCCGCCCCUCCUCCGUCACCGCCGACGACGAACUCAAACGCCUCAAGUACACCUCCUCCUCCUCCACCUCCACCACCCACUUCAAAAAGCCCAACAAGUACCUCUCAUCCCUCUCCCGAUUCUCGUCCGUUUUCCGGGUCAAGGACAACAAAGUCCGCGGUCCGGAAAACAUGUCAGGAUCCUCCGUCAAACGCGCCAAGGAGGUCUUCCGCAAGUACUUGAAAAAAGUGAAGCCAUUGUACAACAAGCUGUCGUCAUCGUCGCAAAAGCACCAGCAGAGCAUCCCAACCAACUACUCGGGGAACCUUUCUCUCUCCUUGACGUCUGAUGGAUUGGUCAAGGAAAGAGAAAAGGAUAGCGGUCAUGGGAGUCUGUCGCACUCUUUCUCGGGUAACUUGAUGUACCCGAGAAAGAAAGUCUCGGCCACCAGCUGCCCGUCCUCGAUGAGAUCGUCGCCGAACCAUUCCGGUCUCCUGUACCGGAACGGAUUACCGGCGAUGAUGAACCCGGUCAGGGAUUCGUCGUCGAUGGAGGAGCUGCAGAGCGCGAUUCAAGGAGCAAUAGCACAUUGCAAGAAGUCUAUGGUUGAGAAUAAGAUCAGUAUGGUUAGUGGUGAGAUUUGAGUUUUGGUGGGGAAAAAAUAAAAAUAAUUGAGUUGGUUUUAUUUAGGUUUGAGUAAUGUGUUAUGUGAACAAUUUUUUUUUUGUUACUAAUUUUAGUUUUUUUACAAACUGAUGUUGAUGUGCAGUUGAAAUAUUGUUCCUAUCGUAUACUCUAAUUCAAGUGGAUCUGGCUUUGAAUCUUAA